GCGCUAACUGAGUUUAGUUAAGUCUCCUCGGUAAGCGGCUGCAAAAAUUUUCAUUUUCAGCGAAGUGAUGCGCAUACCGAUUUUGAAAUUUAUACAUCAGCUCACAGGCCAAGUAUUGGCCCUCUUUCAAAUCAGAUUAUCAAUAGAAUUGGACUUCUCGGGGUCAAUCGGUUUGAGUCGUUUGACAGAGUAGUAUUAUGUUGGGGUUAGAAGGCUACCAGUCAGAAGGGCAGGACUUAUCUUCCCAGAUGGAUGAUUCGGUCUUGAUGGGGAUAUUGGGGCCAGAUGCUAGGACAUGACGCUAGCUCGCACAAAUUUCUUUGGCAGACUAGAAUUUGCUAUAUGGAUGACUCUUCCCUUCUUAUGUCAACCGUUUUCUUCUUUUGAUUUCAUGCAUGCACUCUUUCUUGUUAAUAUUUUUGAAAUUUGUUGUACAUUUGCGUGAGAAUUGACCUCGAUUGUUUACGACCUUUAGAGUGGGUGAUUGGAAGUGCAUUGUGGUGAAUAUUCGCGGGAUAGGAGAGGAGUGAAGAGUUUCACGGAACUGUCUGUUACUGUAGCCUUUCGACGUAGUUUGAAAUCGUCGAGGUUUUCAGUUUCAGUCUUUUGCUGUUGAGUCUUUGCACUGUGUCCCAGGCCCGGUUUCGAGACGGUACACACAGCAGUAGCUGCAGCAAGGGAUUUCGGUGAGAGAAGGACAACGCAGCUUGGAACUUGGAGGAAGAUAUUACGUUUGGAAACCUCGAAACAGUUGCGCACGCGCAUUUUCUACCAACAUGGCUCCACAUAUGGAGAUGGACACAAUUCAGGCAACAAAUAAGGCCACAGGAGAUGACAAAAAAGAUUCGGCUUCGGGUCAUUCGUCGCAGGAUCCGGAGAAGGGUAUCCAGGUGGGCAGUGGGCCGGAGUUGCAGAGAAAGUUGAAGAGUAGACAUUUACAGAUGAUUGCCAUUGGUGGAACAAUCGGCACAGGUCUCUUCAUAGGAUCCGGAUCCGCCAUUGCUGAAUCUGGUCCAGCAGGUGCUCUCAUCGCAUAUGCAUUUGUCGGUACCCUCAUAUACAGUGUCAUGAUGUCAUUGGGAGAAAUGGCAACUUUCAUUCCCAUUCCCGGAGCAUUCACUCUCUACGCAGCACGAUUUAUCGACCCUUCGCUUGGAUUUGCCAUGGGAUGGAUCUAUUGGUUUUCCUGGGCCACCACCUACGCUCUUGAACUCACAGCCACAGGUCUCAUUAUACAAUACUGGGCGCCCCAACUCAACGUCGGCAUCUUUAUCUCUGUCUUCUUCGUCGUCAUCUCUGGCGUAAACUUUCUUCCUGUCAGCUUUUUCGGCGAAAUCGAAUUUUGGUUUUCACUCAUCAAGGUUGUCACCGUACUCGGUUUCCUCAUUUUUGGUAUUUGUAUCGAUGCUGGAGCAGGUCAACAAGGCUACCUCGGAUUCCACACUUGGGGAAAUCCAGGUGCAUUUGCACCAUACCUCGUUAAUCCCGAGAACCCUGUUUCCAAAUUCGUUGGGUUCUGGGCUGUACUUAUCCAAGCCGGAUUUUCAUACCAAGGAACCGAACUCGUCGGAAUUGCCGCUGGAGAAACCGAGAAUCCCAGAAAGAACGUCCCGGCCGCUAUUCGCAAGACAUUUUUCCGAAUCCUCUUUUUCUUCGUCGGAACAAUCUUCUUUAUCGGUCUCUUAAUUCCAUACGACAACCCUGAUUUAUUAUCCGGAAGCUCGGAUGCAUCCGCUAGUCCUUUCGUUAUUGCCGCCAAACUAGCUGGUGUCAAGACACUUCCAGGGCUUAUCAAUGCUGUGCUCCUCUUCGUCGUUCUCAGCGCCGCGAAUUCUAACGUCUAUUCCGGUUCUCGUAUUCUAGUUGGCCUCGCGGAAGGAAAUUGCGCGCCUAAAUGUUUCUUGAAGACAACUACAGGUGGAGUUCCUUAUUACGCUGUCGCGUUCACCUCUCUGUUUGGCCUUCUGGCUUUCAUGAAUGAGAGUUCUGGAGGUAAUAACGCAUUCGUUUGGAUCCAAAAUAUUUCUGCUGUCGCUGGAUUCAUUAGUUGGGCUUGCAUUUGCGGAUGCCAUAUCGCUUUUAUGAAGGCGCUCGCAGCCCGUGGUAUCAGUCGCGAUCGUUUACCUUAUAAAUCGAUGUGGCAACCGUGGUUCGCGUGGUAUGGAUUAGUAUUUACGGUUUUGAUCAUUUUCACCCAAGGAUUUACGGCUUUUAUUCCGGGAUUCCAGGUCAAAGACUUUUUCGUGGCUUAUGUCAGUUUGAUAUUAUUUGUGAUCGCUUAUUUGGGUCAUAAGAUUAUUUGUAAGACUAGAUUUGUGUCAAGUUUGGAGGCGGAUUUGGAUACUGGUUGUUUGGGGCUUGAGGAUGAAGGGGCCAUCGAUUGGGAAGCGGAAGAGCACAUGACUUUCAAGGAGAAGGUUGUUGAUUUCUUUUGUUAGGAGGCGCAGAUGGAAUGAUCAGGACUGAAAUCAAAUGGAGGUAGAAGGAGGUAUUUGAAUUCCUCCUUCUGGAAUUCCUCUGAUGAUUUGACGGUUAUGAACAUUGUACCUGGAGCUUUUCUGACAAGAGUUACGAAGCAGCUUUGUUUUUGAAAUAUUGGCUAUAGGAAUUGUAUUGAUGAGGGCGUUAUGAUGAAUGGGAAUGAUUUAGGAUGAGAUGAAACUUUAAUAUAUGGAGAUAAUUUAGAUGAUUAGGUAGAAAAAAUGAAUUCCUUAACUCUAACUUGGAUCUUAAUUGGACUUGA